AGUACUAAAUAAUUUUUAUUAUUUUCCUCAAAACUUUCAUUAAAUCUAACCCAUAAGCCAACAAGACACAGAGAAGAUCUAACGCCAACGCCAGGAUGAGAAUUACGGUAAUGACGGCGGAUGAACAGAUCCUGAGCUUAGAUGUUGAUCCUCAUGAAACUGUUGAAAAUUUGAAAGCUUUGCUUGAAGUUGAGACUAAGGUGUCAUUACAGCAGCAGCAACUGUUGUUUAAUGGGAUGGAAAUGAACAACACCGAGAAAUUGAGUGCAUUGGGUGUUAAGGAGGAUGAUCUAGUUAUGAUGGUUUCUGGUGCUGCUUCGAGAGCUUCUGGCAAUGACUUGAGCUUCAAUCCCGACGGUUCUGCUGUGAACCCUGCAGCUUUUCAACAACAGAUUCGAGGUGAUUCUAAUCUAAUUGGACAACUAUUUCAGACUGAUCCUGAACUUGCUCAAGCUGUUGUCGGAAAUGACCUCAACAAACUGCAGGAGAUUCUACGAGCUCGUCAUCAACGAAGAUCUGAAUUGCGACAACAAGAGGAGGAGGAGCUUGCUCUUCUUCAGGCUGAUCCAUUUGAUGUCGAAGCGCAAAAGAAAAUUGAAGCUGCCAUUCGGCAGAAAGGGAUUGAUGAGAACUGGGCUGCAGCCUUAGAAUAUAACCCCGAAGGCUUUGCAAGGGUGGUUAUGCUGUACGUGGACAUGGAGGUUAAUGGUGUCCCAUUGAAGGCAUUUGUUGAUAGUGGUGCGCAGUCAACAAUCAUUUCCAAAAGCUGUGCUGAGCGGUGCGGAUUGCUGAGGCUUUUAGAUCAAAGAUAUAGAGGUAUCGCUCAUGGAGUUGGCCAAUCCGAGAUACUAGGGCGGAUACAUGUUGCUCCGAUCAAGAUCGGAGAGAUAUUUUAUCCUUGCUCCUUCUUGGUUUUGGACUCUCCCAAUAUGGAGUUCCUCUUUGGAUUGGAUAUGCUCCGUAAGCACCAGUGUAUCAUUGACUUGAAGGAUAAUGUUCUUAGAGUCGGAGGAGGAGAAGUUUCCGUACCGUUUUUGCAAGAAAAGGACAUCCCUUCUCGCUUCCUUGAUGAAGAAAGGCAUGCAAAGCAAGCAUUGAGCUCAGGAGCUGCUGUGACGGCUGGAACAACAGAGAAGAAUGCUAAUGUGCAAUCUGGAGGACAGUCUUCUGCUUCAGGAGGUGCAGGAGGCAAUGCUACACAGAAACCUGAUUUUGAAGCCAAAGUUGCAAAGCUUGUUGAGUUGGGGUUUCCAAGAGAAAUGGUGAUACAAGCUCUUAAAUUAUGCAAUGGCAACGAAGAACAGGCUGCCGGGAUUCUCUUUGGAGGCUGACAAACACCUUCCAUUUUCAUUAUUCAUUUUAGUUACUCAAUGACAAACUUUAACUCAUUGAAAUUUGUCUGCUUGAUUAUCCGUUUGAUUUGAACUGUUUAUACACAAUUGGCAAUUUGUUGCAACUCAAAAGAAAACUUGAAGUA